UCAUCCGACGGGACUAUCCUGCUCUGGGAUACGACUACAUAGCGGCGCUCCAAAUCGCUCAAGUGUCAUAACGCUAACGUUAAAUCACUCACGUUCUCUCCCAACUCAAGACUGAUAGCCGCUGUGUCAUAUUGCCGCCCUCCGAGUCUCGAGGUUUGGGAUACAAUCACAGGGAAGCGCCGACUGUUCCUCAAGGACGUUUGGAUGGACCACUGUGACAGCGUCAAGCCAGUUGCUUUCUCACAAAACUCGAGAAUACUAGCAGCAAGGUCACAGUACGGCUAUAUCGAGCUUUGGGAUACGAUUACAUGGGAGCGUCACAAGAAACUCGAACCCCCAUAUGUGACUUAUGCAGUUGCCUUCUCAAGCGACUCAAAGCUACUAAUGCUAGUUCUAGGGCCUAGGAGAUCGGAAUCAGCACCGUAUACUAUCGAACUUAGGGAUACAGCUACUUGGGAGCUGCGGAGGACAAUCGAUGAUCUCCAUGGGGACUCGGAGGCGCUAUUCGCUUCCUUCUCGCCCAGCACGAAAUUACUAGGACUAGCAUUAAGCUCGCGACUCAGGCCCGGGCCACGCAGCAGUAGCCUAGUCCGGGUUUAUGAUACAGAUACAUGGCAGUGGCAAGAGAUCGAUCUUCGGGACCAAAGCUUGACUGUGGUCGACUCAUGCGCUUUUUCACACGAUUCCAAAAUCCUAGCCUUGAGGUUAUCCGACAACACUCUCCGGUUUUGGGAUACAUUCACGUGGAAGCCCUUGGAGAUGCUCGUGGGUCUCAGAGUUACAUGCGUUUCCUUCUCCAGCUCGGAUCUCUUAGCCUUAGGAUCAAAUGACAGGACGAUCCAGGUUUGGGAUAUAGGACCAGCAAUUGGGACCGAGAUAAGAGCAAGGAGCAAACUGGGGAAAGCAAAGAAGGGAACGAGCUGGAAGCCGAUGAUCCACUUCUUCCGCGGACAUUAGGGAUAAAAAGGAGAAAUUUACACAAUGGAUCAUAUCCAUCAGUAGUAAGACUCAUCUCUUUCCCAGUAGUGUCUACUAGGCGACUCUU